CGGAUCCGAUGGCUUAAUUUGUUGACCUGGUGCAGUCCGAGCGGGUGGAGCUAAUUGUCCAUUUUGCAUCAGCAGCAACAAACUUGUCCGUUGUAGAAGAAAAUGUGGUGAAGAUGAUGACAGAGGCUGCCGAAUCCCCCACAAAAGUUAAAGCUAGGUCGGUGAUGCUAAUGAAGAUAAGGUGGCGGCAAAGAAGAAGCUCCUUAAAUGGCGUCACUCUCUCUGCCGGUCCUCAGAGACUUGAGCUCUUGUUGGCUGGUGGACUGAGACGCAGACGAGGACACGGCGUACUCGCCCUCGUCCCGCCCACAGCGAAGGAGGCGGGGCAUGGAGUCGAGGAUGGCCUUCCUGAACAUGGAGCUGGAGAAGACGUAGACGACAGGGUCGAGCGCCGAGUUGAGGAAGUUGAGGCCUAAAGACACGAUGGUGAGCUGCGUGAAGGUGUAGAAGGCGCCGCAGUCCCACGGGCGGUACGAGCGGAUGACCCACACGCCGAUGGUGGUGAUGGUGGUGGGAAGGAAGCACACCACGAAGACGACCACGAUGGCGACGCAUACCCGCAUGGCCUUGCGCACUUUGUCUGGCUUUCCCAUCUGGCGUUCCUUCAGGAAGCGGGAGAUGCGCACCGAGCAGAAGAGUAGCAUGGCCAUGGCGAUGAUGAACUCCAGCACGGUCAGGAUGCGGUGCAUCCCCACCAGGAUGAUGAUGCCUCGCGACGCCUCCUUGUAGGACGUAAAGAAGAAGCACUGGGUGGCGUUCCCGCCGCCCUUGAUGUGAUUGUAGGCCAGCAUGGGAACGCGAGGGCUGACCACCAGCAUCCACACAAACAAGGACAGCAUUCCCGCCUGUGUCUUGCUCAUGCGGUUGAAGCGGUGGUGCGGAUGGACCACCUGUGGACACACAACAUGCCCGAACCUUAGUGACAGGAACAGGAAGUGGUUCAGUGGUGAUGUAGUCAGUGAGGUCGAUCUGAUGUGGGUACUGAUAUCAGUUGCGAUGUAGUGGGUGAUAUAGGUACUGAUGUAGUCUGUAGGGAUGUAGUUACAAAGAUGAUAGUUAAGUAGCUAGUGACGUAAACAGUACUUAUGUAGUGGGUGAUAUAGGUACUGAUGUAGACAGUAGUGAUGUCGAUGUGAUGUAGUUGGUGAUGUGGAUACUGAUAUCAGUUGCGAUGUAGUGGGUGAAAUAGGUACUGAUGUAGUCUGUAGGGAUGGAGUUAGUUACAAAGACAAUAGUUAUGUAGCUAGUGACAAACAGUACUUAUGUAGUCGGGAUGUAGUGGGUGAUAUAGGUACUGACGUAGGCAGUAGUGAUGUCGAUAUGAUGUAGUUGGUGAUGUGGAUACUGAUAUCAGUUGCGAUGUAGUGGGUGAAAUAGGUACUGAUGUAGUCUGUAGGGAUGUAGUUGGUUACGUAAACAGUACUUAUGUAGUCGGUGAUGUAGUGGGUGACAUAGGUACUGACGUAGACAGUACUGAUGUCGAUGUGAUGUAGUUGGUGAUGUGGAUACUGAUAUCAGUUGCAAUGUAGUGGGUGAUAUAGGUACUGAUGUAGUCUGUAGGGAUGUAGUUAGUUACAAACACAAUAGUUAUGUAGCUAGUGACGUAAACAGUACUUAUGUAGUCGGUGAUGUAGUGGGUGAUAUAGGUGCUGACGUAGACAGUAGUGAUGUCGAUAUGAUGUAGUUGGUGAUGUGGAUACUGAUAUCAGUUGCAAUGUAUUGGGUGAUAUAGGUACUGAUGUAGUCUGUAGGGAUGUAGUUAGUUACAAAGACAAUAGUUAUGUAGCUAGUGACGUAAAUAGUACAUAUUUAGUCGGUGAUGUAGUGGGCGAUAUAGAUACUGACAUGGACAGUAGUGAUGUCAAUGUGAUGUAGUUGGUGAUGUGGAUACUGAUAUCAGUUGCGAUGUAGUGGGUGAUAUAGGUACUGAUGUAGUCUUUAGUGAUGUAUUGUAGGUACUGAUGUUAUCAGCCGUGAUGUAGCAAGCUACCAAGACAGUUAUGUAGCUACUCACGUAAACAGUACUUAUGUAGUUGGUGAUGUAGAUACUGAUGUAGUCAUCAGCGAUGUAGUGGGUGAUAUAGGCACUGAUGUAGUCGCUAGUGAUGUACUGUAGGUACUGAUGUUGUCAGUCGUGAUGUAGCAAGUGACCAAGACAGUUAUGUAGCUACUCACGUAAACAGUACUUACUAUGUAGUUGGUGAUGUAGAUACUGAUGUAGUCAGUAGCGAUGUAGUGGGUGAUAUAGGUACUGAUGAAGACAGUAGUGAUGUAGUUAGUGACGUAGACAGUAGUGAUGUGGUCAGUAGUGUUGUAGUCGGGGACGUAGACAGUAGGGAUGUAGUGGGUGAUGUAGUUAAUGAUGUGGUCAGUAGUGAUGUACUCACUGACAUACAUAGAUAAUAGCGACGUAGACAGUAGCAAUGUAGGUACAGAUGUACACUCAUCCCUUUUCAGUUAGGUCAUGCUGUGCUAUGCUAUGCUAUGCUAUGCUAUGCUAUGCUAUGCUAUGCUAUGCGGACAGUGGUGAUGUACAGUCAAUGAUGUCGGGGGCCAGCUAGCAUGCUACAUAGAUGCAGACCACACAAGUCAGGUAAAAGCAAUGUUAGCAGUGAGUGAGAUGAAAGUCAACAUGACCUCGGCUGACCUUGAAAUAUCGGUAAAAGGCCACGACGGUCAUGAGGGCGAUGCUGGCCGUGCGGUUGGAGAACAUGAGGAAGAGGUUGAUGCGGCACACGGCGUCUCCAAACACCUAGUGACCUCUGAGCAAGGCGUCGAUCCUCAGAGGCAGACUGACCAGCGCCAGGAAGUCCGCAAUGACCAGGUUGAAGAGGAACAGGUUAUUGGGGUUCCACGACUUGAUCCGGAAGCAGAAGAUCCAGAAAGCCACCAGGUUCCCCAGCAAGCCCAGGACGACGUCCAGCGUGAGGACCGGCGGCAGGAUGACGCCCUCCAGCUGGAUGCCAACGGGAGGGCAGACCCCGGCGGGCCCCGGGCUGGUCCGGUUCUGAUCCGACUCCAUUCGGAAUAUGGACUGACUUGAGUCUCAGUGGGGACAAUGAUUGACAGGCUGAAGGUUUCAAGAUGCCGGAAACUUGCUGCUUCUCUUUUUCACCUUCCUGAUUUUAACACAAAGAUGGAAAACAUUUUCUUUCAACAUCGCAAACUUUGCAAAUCAUAUUUCUAAAAAAAAAAAAAAAAACCCUGAGUCAUCAUUCGUAAGUCGUUUAUAACCACAUCAUUUGAAAAGAAUGCACUGAUUCAAAAAGUGUCACUGCAAAAUGGGACAAGUGUAAACUUCCUGUGAAAAACAUACACACUUUCACUUUCACUCCAAGUCUGAAACGUUCUUUUAACUAACGUGUGAUCUUUCUAGGUUGCAGUGUUGACGUCUUUCGACACACGUGUGCGUCAAGCAGUUACCACAACGGAGGAAGUCCCCCAACUAGACUACAAGGACCAUCAUGGGCCCGCACGGCAUCAGCCGAGCCGUCCACAGGCUGGAGUUCUGCGACUGCAGGCGCGGCCUUGGCGUGAAGGUGAUCGGCGGCUACCGGGAGGUGACGGGAGAGGACUUUGGCAUCUACAUCAAAAGAGUCGUAGCGGGAGGACUGGCCGCCCAGGACGGUCGGCUUAAGUCAGGUGACCUGAUUCUGGAUGUCAAUAACAUCAGUCUGAUCGGGGUCACCAACGAGAGGGCCGUGGAGAUCCUGAGGACGGCGUCCCUGUCCAAUCACAUGUCUCUGCUGGUCACCAGGGACAACGAGUCCAGGCGGGAGUUUGUGGAGCUGAUGGAGAAGUACGGCUCCAGUCCUUCCGCAUCUUCGGGUCGCAUCUCUCCAACUCCAGCAGGGAAGCUGACCGACACCGCGGCUUCCUCUUCCUCCUCCUCCAGGUCCGAGAGCCCCCAGCUCCUCAGUCCCAAAGAGGGGGUCACUACCUACAGCCACGCCUCCUCCUACACGCCCACACCGGUCUUCAGCGACAGCGUCAUCCAGCUGAUAUGCAUCGCUAAGGGAAGCGGACUGGGCCUCAUCAUCAAGGGCGGCGCCAACCGUGCCGAAGGCCCCAUGGUGUUCAUCCAGGAAAUAGUGGCAGGGGGAGACUGCCAGAAGGACGGGCGGCUGCUUGUCGGGGACCAGCUGGUGUCCAUCAACAAGGAGUCUCUCAUCGGAGUGACGUACGAGGAGGCCAGGAGCAUCCUCACACGCACCAGACUCAGACCAGAUCCCACUGUGGAAGUCGCCUUCAUCCGGCGGCGGACUUCCUCCAGCUCCAGCAGCGGGCCUCACAGUCCCAUCUCCAUGCAGGGGUCUUCGGGUGGAGGGGGACCCCAGACAAGGCACUUGGGCCUGGGAAGCGGGGCCCCGCCGCCGCCGGUCGUUGUCACCAAGAUCACCUCCAGCCGAAACCCAGCCAGCGAGACGCUCCCGGCGGUCAAUGUCAGCCAGGUCCGAGUGUCGCCGGUCAGAACGGAACAGACGUGCAUUUCCUCCGUCUCUGUGGCUGAUGCCGUCUGCGGCAAACGUUCCCUGGUCGCCAGCUGUCGUCUCAAACUGGAGCGACUGGAGCAGGCUCUGGACCUGCUCGGCCUGAAGCCCACAGAAGCUCAGCAGCAGGCGUUCAGGUCCCAACUCCAGGCGGACCCGUCCGGGACGGUGGCCUACACAGACUUUGAGAGGCUCACCAGGGAGGUGUUCAGGCCUCAGCUGGAGGAGCUGGCCGCCACCCAGCCGGGGUCAAAGUUCACAUCCGAUGACCUGUUAAGUCUGCUGGACUCGCCCACUCACCAGCCGCAGUCGGACUCAGACGACCUGGAUGAAAUGGAACGUGUGAGGAAGGAGCACAUCGAGGCUUUGAGGGAGAUCAAGAGGCUCCAGGAGCAGCUGCUGGAGUCUCAGAGGGUUCACCUUCAGAUGGAGGAGGAGCUGGUCAAAGUCAAACAGGAAGCAAAAGUGGGAGCGGAGGAAAUACGGGAUCUCAGGACUCGUAUCCAGCUGGCCGAGGAGGCCCAAAAGCAAGCGCGAGGGAUGGAGAUGGACUACGAGGAGGUCAUCCACCUGCUGGAGGCGGAGAUCGCCGAGCUGAAGACCCAAAGAGCCGCAGAACCGCCGCCUUCCGCUACCAAGGAGGACGGCGAGCAGAUGAAGAAGAAAGUAGCCGUGUUGGAAUGUCAACUCAGAAAGAGCGACGCCGCCAAAAAAGCUUUUGAGUUGUCGACAGAAAAACUUCUGACUUUUGUCGAGAAUGUUCAAGAAUUCCUGCUGGAAGGACUUGGACCCACAAAGAGUUUCAGCUGCGGCGACGUCAAAGCGGGCCCUCAAGGGCGGCACAAGAAGAACGCCUGGACGCCGUCCUCGCUGCUCCAGGAGGCCAAGGAGCUGAGCAGAAGCGUGCGGGCCGUCAUGGAGGUGGACACUCUGACCUUCUAAUGGACCCCAACCCCCUCACGGCAGGAAGCGGACACCUUCAGCCGUGUUCCCUGACAUCUCCUCCUUCCAUAGACGCUAACCUGCAUGUCUUAGCACGUUUGUCCAUCUGUGCUACACAACAUCUACACCAAGUGUCUUCAUCCCGGCCAACGUGCACAAGCUCGGUUUUUGUCUCCAUCUCGCCGCAAAACGUUCCGCCUGUGACAACGGGCUGGAAAAUCCUCACCAAGCUCGCUGAUGAAUUCCUAAAAAUGUGAAUUUUCCAUGUGAUGUCUGAUGAUCGGCACACUGGAAAACACUAUUUGUCACUCAGAGACAGAUUGAUGCGUCUACUUUAGCGUCCGCAAGCUAGCCAGGCUAGUUAGCCUACGAGGUUGGCCACCCACAUCAUGCUAACGGGUGUUAGCUUGGCUCGGAAGCGUUACAACGGUGCCAAAACAGCGACGGACUCCAACCAAACCCUGCAUUCUUUGUGCCGUCUUUGACCCGCUAGCUUAGCUGUGGAGCCACAAAACGUCAACAUUUAGCUUAGCACAUGUUAGCAUCUCGCUGUUAGCUGAUCGCUGUCUAUCCUUGUCUUUGCUUUGCGGGACGAUCGUGUUUGUGACGUAGAUUAGCGACAACAAUUACAACAAUAUUUAUACAGUAUCACAGCAAUAGUACAGCAAUAGUACAACCAUGUUACAACACAAUACUAUGACUAUAUCACAAUAUCGCAAUAGUACAAGGAUCGGCUAAAUUGGCAACAUCGCUUCCUCCUGCUACGUCUUCUUCUUCGUCUCCGGCAGGGUUUGAGAUGUGCUAAGAAGCAGAGUUGCCAUCUGCUGCGUGGAGUUGGAACAACACGGUCCCGUUAUAAUGUGUUUAUUUUUCUAAGCGAGGGGUCAACACAAAAUGGCACCAAAUGUGUUUGUGGCGGUCCUCCCGCCAACAAACGAGUAUACGGGAACACUUGAUUAUUCGUUUUGAAGCUGAGUCACGGCUAAACUUGGAGUCGAGUCUUUUAGUUUGAACACAAAUCUUUAUUUGUACCGCGCUAAAGGACGUGUCGCUGUGAGGACCCGGCGCCAUCAGUCAUCUAAUUCUCAUCCCUCAUUCACGACCUCGCUCGCCCUGAUGAGGAGGAUGAGGAUGGAAAAAAAGGAAGGAAAUUAGGUCAGGAGAAUCACGUCCGUCCGCCGUUCAUCACGACUGCUGUUGCCUGGAUACCAAAGCUACGUGCGCACACCAAAACACAGCCCCCACUAUUAAGGAUCGUUAUUGUCAUUGUGACACUUUUUCAUGUCGGUCGAGUUGUUGCCGACUUUUAUUUUUCUACAGGAGAAGCCGCUGAACGUGGGACAUUUGUCAACCCAAAUGUUUGUCAAUAAAGUUUCUAAUCUGUGGUG